AUGGCAGCCAUGAAUGCUUGGCUCUCCUUCCCCUCCCAUACUGAGAGUUUCAACCAUGAACUCGCCAUUCGGAGGUUUUGCCCGGCUCGAAUCGAGCAAGAACAAGGAGGAGGAGAGUGGGAAGAUGGUAUGAAUGAGAUUGAUCAGCCUUGGUCUCCUUACAAUGCUGUCAGCCCCCCUUGCUUGGCUGCCUCUGAGGAAGAUGAAUUCGUCGAUAGCUUCAUUAAUAUGGAUGGCUACAACGACUACGGCAAUGAUGAUAACAAGGCCCUCGAAAGCCAACAAGGGUUUGAUCAUAAUUUUCAAGGGGAUGAAGCCAUUGAAAUGUUUGAGAUGGCGGAUGAAGGCUAUGAAGAUGCAGGGAUGGUGGUUGAGGGGGAGGAUCUUGGAGGUGGCACAGACCUGAUGCCAAGCAUGGAAGAGGUGAGCCAUGGGGUGGACCAAGGGCUCCAGCUGGUGCACUCAUUGCUGGCAUGUGCUGAGGCGGUAGGCUGCCGGGACACCCAGCUUGCAGACUCCAUGCUCAGCCGGAUAUGGAGGUCUGCUAAUUGUUAUGGUGAUUCCUUGCAGAGAGUCUCCUACUGCUUCGCCAUGGGGCUGAAGUCCCGGCUUUCGCAUCUCCGGAAUGUGAAUGCAAAUGGGACAUUCGCCAAUGGCAGAAUGGCAGUGUCCUCCAUCAACAAAGAGGAGAAAAUGGAAGCCUUUCAUCUCCUUCACCAGACCACUCCCUACAUUGCUUUCGGUUUCAUGGCUGCGAAUGAAGCUAUACUUAAAACUGGAAAAGGGAAUGACUCACUUCAUAUCAUUGAUCUGGGAAUGGAGCAUUGCCUUCAAUGGCCUUCCCUGAUAAGGACUCUAGCUCAAGAACCAGAAGGGCCCCCAAAGCUCCGAAUCACCGGACUGGUUAAAGAUGGUGACAGCCUCUCAGGGCUCAAAGCCAGCUUGAAAGAACUGGCGGAGUAUGCCGCCACAAUGGGGGUUCCCUUGCAGCUUAACACGGUAUCAGAUCCUGCAACCCCGGCCUUUCUAACGAAAGAAAGCCUUGAUGUAAGGGAAGGAGAGGUUUUAUUUGUGAACAGCAUAAUGCACCUUCACAAGUAUGUGAAAGAGAGCAGAGGCUCCCUCAAGGCGGUCCUCCAAGCGAUAAAGAAGCUCGGGCCGACGCUGGUGACGGUGGUGGAGCAGGACGCCAACCACAACGGGCCCUUCUUCCUGGGGAGAUUCCUGGAGUCAUUACACUACUAUUCAGCCAUAUUCGACUCCCUAGAGGCCAGUCUUCCGAGGAGCAGCCCACAGAGGAUGAAGAUAGAGAGGGGUCACUUUGGGGAGGAGAUAAGAAACAUAGUUGCAUUUGAGGGAUCAGAGAGGAUUGAGAGGCAUGAGAGGGCAGACCAGUGGAGAAGGCAACUGGGGCGAGCUGGGUUUCAAGUGGUGGGGAUGAAGUCGAUGAGUCAGGCCCGGAUGAUGCUGUCUGUUUAUGGGUGUGAUGGCUACAGUCUGGCUUGUGAGAAGGGAUGCCUCCUUCUUGGGUGGAAAGGGAAGCCGAUCAUGCUCGCUUCUGCAUGGCAAGUAGCUAAAGCUUCAUCGUCAUAACCUCUUUCUGGAUCAGUCAUGGACAUAACUAUAUAUAUUCAGAUUUCCAUUUUUUUUCACUCAGAGAAAUGGUGGUGUAUUCUUUACAUUCUAUGGCAUCUUCAGGGCUUAAGUUCACAGAAUGGUGUAAAGCAUUCAUAUGUUUGUUAUUGGUACUCUUGAGGUGCCGUUUCGACAUUAUUUUUUCUAAGAUGUUUUUAGAGUGUUUUCCA